AUGUCGAAAGCGCAGCUUAUCAAUGCCAUGGACAAACAACAGUUAGCGAUGACGCCUGAUGUUGGUACUUACGUGGAGGAGCAAUUGGAACAUGAAAUGCUCUCUAGGGCUAAGCAUCAGAUCCUGAACGUGAUCUGCUCAUCCAUCAAAAGCCAGGCAUCUAACCUGAGGAAAAAGAGUACCAUGAAAACCAGAAGCAUUUCCAGGAAUGGCUCAGUUGGGGUCCCAAUAUCAGGACUCACUACAAAAACUGCUCUUGCGAAAAAGGUCGAGAAGGGAGAGCUGACUCGGCAUGUGGCCGAGGUUGACUAUACAAAGUUAGCCAUUGUCAACUCCAUCCUUUUGACCAGGUUAAGUGGAGAUGCUCGCUGUGCAACAGGGACUCAUCUAUUAUUCAGGAGCGGAAUUACCAACUCUGCUUUAGACGGACGAGAAACUACGUGUACAUAUCAAAGGCCUUGCAAGAUACCAGCAGUGGGCAUUGGAAGACAUAAGCGGAUGGCUGAUGGCUCAGGAACCGGGGACCUUAAUCGUCAACCUUCUUACAGCCGUGGGACACAGAGGACUUGGUAG